UCCGUCAGGUUCUCAUGUCGAUUUUCGACCCCGAUUGGCGGCGCCUAUACAGAGCCGUCGCAAACAUAUCUCUAUAUAUCCAGCGACUUCAAACUAAAUGCCAAUGGACAGACAUGCCGUCAGCAGUGACCGAAUUUCACGUCACAGAAGCGCAGACCCUACUAUACAAAGAAGCACAGAGGCUCGAGUUCACGGAUGAAAUCAUUCAUUGAUGAGUAAAUGGUGGUGAUGGACGAUAACGGAAUCGUUCGCACUAAAGGUCGAGUGAACGCAGUCGGAUAUACCAUGGACGCUAUAAUAUUGCCACCAGAGAGCCGAGUAACAUUCUUAUUAGUCCGGUUCUAUCACGAAAAAUAUCAUUACCUCGCUCACGAAACCGAAUGAUAUAAAAUCCAAAUUUUAUAUUCUGCGCCUAAGAGUACUGCACAAAUCCGUAAGAAAAGCCAGUUGUGUAAAAAAAGUUUCACGAAUUUCGUGGGACACCAAGAGAAAUUUAUUCCGAUAAUGGUACUAAUUUCAAGGCCACGGAGAAGACGUUACGAGAGGAGCUGAUCAAGAUCGACUUCGAUAAAAUUGCAAUCAAGUUCGACGGCAUUAAAUGGCAAUUUAACCCUCCAGGAGCCCCUCACAUGGGCGGUGCUUGGAAAAGAUUAGUCCGCACAACCAAAACAGUCCUAAAAAGCAUCUGCCCGAAUUAUUCAUUCAACGACGAAAGCCUGAGGUGUGCUCUAAUGGAAGCACGGUUAAUCAUAAACUCACGUCCGUUAACUUUCGUUAGCCUGGACUCCGAGGACGACUCCGCGCUGACUCCAAACCACCUGCUAAUGGGUUCAUCGAAUGGGUACAAGCCAAUCAAGGAAAAGAAGAUGAAUUUAAGACGUCAUUGGAACGAUAUAAAACUUUUUGGAGAUCACUUUUGGCAACGCUGGGUGAAGGAGUUUACACCGGUACUUACUAGACGAACAAAAUGGUUCGAAAGAUGUCCCCCUAUAUCAGUCGGAAGCGUAGUCAUUAUCGUCGACGAAAACUUACCUAGAAAUGUAUGGCUUAAGGGCCGCGUGACCAACACUAUCCCCGCCAAGGACGAACAAGUUCGUCGAGCCACUAUUAAAACGCAGCAUGGGGUCCUCGAUCGACCAGCCACCAUGAUUGCGGUAUUAGAUGUCGGCUUAGAAGAUGAACCAUCCCUAGAACCGGGAGAAGCAAAAGAAGAGAAAAAAAGACAAAGUUUUUAAGCGUGCUCCGCAACGCCAAAUGUAAUACACAUUGAUUCGGAAGCUGAAAUUGAAAUAAAGUUUAUUUCAAAAACGUAGUUUACCGCUAUCCGUCUGUGCCUUCAAUUUGGUAGUGUGGGCUGCUGUAAAACCAAUUCAGUUUCGCUCUCGACAAUAAUAUUGUCAUAUUAAAGAGUAUUUGGUAUCGAGUGUAUUUGGUAUCGCUAAUCUGAGGCACUGUUGUUGUAGAUGAAAGUGUCCAUGAAAUUUUGUUUAAUUUUGUAGACGAUAAGCAAUGCAAAAUGGUGAAAUAAUGGAAGACAAAUUCUCAAUAAAGGUUUUAAUGUUUUACUUUCA